AGUCGCAGUUGGAGGAAGUGGGGCUUUUACAAUUAGGUAGGGCUUGUUUCUGAGAAUACACAACACAGCCAGCGAAAUGGAGUAAAGUCAACUGUUCUUAUUCGGACUCAAAAGGGAUAACAAGAGGACAUCGGUGCCUCUUGGAGGACCGUAAACAAACAGGAUAUCAAACGUUCUCCCGCAUCGUCAGUCUGUCGAAUGCACAGAUCUCAGCUGCGGCUUGUGCUGAUUGAGGAGCAGAAACGUUUGACGGUUACAACUUUACGGAGGAAGUCACUGACGGGCAGCAAAUAUUACCAAGUUAUAUGUACUUAGGUUCUUCGUUUCUAUUUCAUUGCCUGUUCGUCAGCUAGUUGGCAAGCUGUUGAUCGAAAAAAAAAAAAAAACUUCUAGUUGAAGACUCGGUCGCGAGGGACCGUGGACGGUUACCAAGCUAAGGUUAACUUAACUAGCCAAUUUCCUCCAACGCCCCCUCCCCCAUUAUAGCUAGCUAGCUAGCUAGCCACUGUCUCCAUACCAAAGCCCACACACUGGGGUGAAAUAAAUGACUAUGGCUAAUUUUGUGCGGUUUCGUUGGUCUCUUGUGAAAUAACAUGGAUUUGGCUGAAGAUCAGGAUUCGUUACCUUACUGAGAUGGCGAGCUAGCUAGCGAACUGGAUGAGUGGGUUUCGUGUCGUUGCGAUAAAGCGGUUGUGUUAGCUAGCGCUAGUUUGGUACAUAUGUUUCGUAUAUUAACUAUCUACUGGCCAACUCGCUAUCAAGUAGCACCGGUUUCCACAGCAGCUAGUAAUAACACUUUCUCCCUUGUCGACCACGUAAAUUGAGAAUCUAGCUGGCUGAUUUCGUGGCUGAAUUUACAGUUUAAAUGUGGCAUCUAACGUAAAGUUAGUGCCAACAACUGAAUGCUUGUUCUCUUGAUAGAUAAGUUCGAUAGUUGUCGCCAACGUUAGUUAAAGUAUAUUUUACUCGGGUAUCUAGCAAAUUGUUUCAGCAUAGGUUUUGCGUGCUGGAUAUUCAGCUAGCAACCUGCAUCUGUGGUUUGAUUGAUGUCCUCUUUCUGAUAUCGCUGUGUAGGAUCCUAUGCCAAUAAGACAAUUGUUUUCAUUUUUCAUGUUGGUGAAUAUGUUUGAACCUGAACCUAACUACUGUAUUCGCUAGUAUCUGGACCAUUCAUUCGUCAGUACUAUUUUUUUCUGUGAUACAGGCGAGCUGGCUUGCUCUUGUUAUUUUCGCUUUCUACCCCUGUCAUCGUUAUUACACGAGGAUGUCUUCAUCGAAUACCAGUUCGAUAGAAGUGAUACAACCCAUCUUUGUCGACGCAUAAAGUCAUGUUUUAUUUUGAAGCAGAUGCGACGAGACGCAAUUAGGAAGCUUGAAGCAUACGUCUUGCUGGAGUACCACCUACCGCAAUAUUACAAUUUUAGCUUUUCAAGAAGAUUAAACAAACUAUGUGGCUAGGAUCAGUGGGGUUUUACAGUUGUUAUUAGCUAACUGCCUUGCUAGUUCGCCACAUCUAGCAGGUGGGCCAUCUAAAUAAGUGAAGCUCUCUGAAAGGUGGUAAACGAAAUCUCUCAUCAAUCUUGUCUGGCCAUUGAAACCACUACCAUUUUUGGCACACAAAAAAAUACCCAGAUGAUAAAUACUAUUAUUUUUGUGUAACAAUGGUUGUGUUUUGAGGGACCGUGUGUGUCGAACCUAGAGGAAGAAAACAAAACGCUUCAUUCGAUGGUCGCCCCUGUCAUCCGCAUAGCUGCCUCGGUCGCCCAGGUUGGAUCUAGAUUCUAACCAUUUUCAGACAUUUGCUUUAUCUUAAAAAAAAAAAAAAAAAAAAAAAAAAAAAUCAUUUCCACGGCUGGUGUAUCGACUCGGUCGAACCAGGGUUGAAGAUGGCGGACCUCGAAGCAGUUCUCGCCGAUGUCAGCUAUUUGAUGGCGAUGGAGAAGAGCAAAUCUACUCCAGCGGCCCGAGCGAGCAAGAAAAUCAUACUGCCUGAAUCCAGUAUUCGCAGUGUGAUGCAGAAGUACCUGGAGGAAAGAGAUGAGCUGACGUUUGACAAAAUCUUCAACCAGAAGAUUGGGUUUCUGCUGUUCAAGGAUUUUUGUUUGAAUGAAAUAGAUGAGGCUGUACCACAGCUCAAGUUCUACGAAGAAAUUAAGGACUAUGAGAAGUUGGACUCUGAAGAGGAGAGGUUGUGUCGUAGCAGACAGAUCUAUGAUGGAUACAUCAUGAAGGAACUCCUCUCCUGUUCACAUGCCUUCUCUAAGAAAGCAGUGGACCACGUUCAGACUCACCUGGCCAAGAAACAGGUGCCUCCCUCUCUCUUCCAGCCGUACAUAGUGGAGAUCUGUGACAGUCUGCGAGGGAUGAUCUUCUGCAAGUUCAUAGAGAGUGACAAGUUCACUCGUUUCUGUCAGUGGAAGAACGUGGAGCUGAACAUCCAUUUGACGAUGAAUGACUUCAGUGUCCAUCGUAUCAUUGGUCGAGGGGGUUUCGGGGAGGUGUACGGCUGCAGGAAGGCUGACACCGGCAAGAUGUAUGCCAUGAAGUGUUUGGAUAAGAAGAGGAUCAAGAUGAAGCAGGGAGAGACUCUGGCUCUGAACGAGAGAAUCAUGUUGUCCCUCGUCAGCACAGGGGACUGUCCGUUCAUAGUGUGUAUGACGUACGCCUUCCACACACCAGACAAACUCUGUUUCAUUCUGGAUCUGAUGAACGGAGGGGACCUACACUACCACCUGUCUCAGCACGGUGUGUUCAGUGAGAAGGAGAUGCGCUUCUACGCAGCAGAGAUCAUCCUGGGACUGGAACACAUGCACAACCGCUUUGUUGUCUACAGAGACCUCAAGCCUGCUAACAUCCUAUUGGAUGAGCAUGGUCAUGUGCGUAUCUCAGACCUGGGUCUGGCCUGUGACUUCUCAAAGAAGAAACCUCACGCCAGCGUUGGUACCCAUGGAUACAUGGCCCCAGAGGUGCUUCAGAAGGGGACAGCGUACGACAGCAGUGCUGACUGGUUCUCCCUGGGCUGCAUGCUCUUCAAACUGCUCAGAGGGCACAGUCCCUUCAGACAGCACAAGACCAAAGACAAACAUGAGAUUGACCGGAUGACGCUCACUAUGAACGUGGAGUUGCCGGACUCGUUCUCUGUGGAGCUGAAGGGUCUAUUGGAGGGUCUGCUGCAGAGAGAUGUGGUGAAAAGACUGGGCUGCCUGGGACGAGGGGCCCCAGAGGUGAAGGAGCAUCUGUUCUUCAAAGGCAUUGACUGGCAACAAGUGUAUCUCCAGAAGUAUUCUCCCCCUCUCAUCCCUCCUAGAGGAGAGGUAAAUGCAGCAGAUGCUUUUGACAUUGGUUCCUUUGAUGAGGAGGACACCAAGGGCAUCAAGUUGUUGGACAGUGACCAGGAGUUGUAUAAGAACUUCCCCCUGGUCAUCUCAGAACGCUGGCAGCAGGAGGUGGCUGAGACGGUGUACGAGGCGGUCAACUCCGACACGGACAAGAACGAGGCCCGCAAGAGGGCCAAGAACAAACAGCUGCGCCACGAGGAGGACUAUGCCCUGGGGAAGGACUGUAUAAUGCACGGCUACAUGUUGAAACUGGGGAACCCGUUCCUGACGCAGUGGCAGCGCAGAUACUUCUACCUGUUCCCCAACCGAGUGGAGUGGAGGGGAGAGGGGGAGUCACGGCAAAACCUGCUGACGAUGGAGCAGAUUGUGACGGUGGAGGAGACCCAGAUUAAAGAUAAGAAGUGUAUCCUGCUGCGCAUCAAAGGAGGGAAGCAGUUUGUCUUGCAGUGUGAGAGUGACCCAGAGUUUGUCCAGUGGAAGAAGGAGCUGACCGAGGCGUUCACUGAGGCCCAGAAGCUGCUGCGUCGCGCCCCUAAGGUCAUUGGGAAGGGACGGGCUGGGGGGGUGGAGCUCUCCAAACCUCCCCUCACACACCACAACAGCAACGGCCUGUAGGCCACACACCUGCACACACACACACCGCAUCUUAUAACCUCAUCCCCUAUGAACCCGCCCCCCCCAGCCCUAGACACAUAAAUCACACACACACACACACACACACACACACACACACACACACACACACACACACACACACACACACACACACAGGAACACCCCACACUCUCGCCCUGGAGUGUGUAUGGACCAAGCCGCCAGCCUCUCUCCUCUGAAAGCCAAAGCGUACCAUGGGACCCUGGGAUGAAGGGAAAGAGAUGUACAUGUACCUAAAGAGGUCCAGAGUGUUUUCUCCCCUCCGUCUCCCACUGUAGCCUGGGGGUAGACCCUUCUCAAUGAUGACACACUCCUCUUACCCCAAUGCACUGGCAUUCCACCCAGUCAACCUGGCAGAGCAGCAGAAAGCAGCCCUGGAGUAGGAGACUGAAGACUAGGGCCCCUCUUCUCCUUUUCUCUUUGUUUCCCUCAUCCCCCAGAGAGACUGGACCUGAGCCACAUACACCUGCCAGCCACUCUCCACAUAAUUGUCUGACUGUAGUGGAGGGGCGGGACCUAAAGCAGGAGGUGAAGAUCUGGACCAACGGCAUCGCUCUGAGAGAGGGGGCUGGACCAAUGACAUUCCUCUCCUGUGGGCUCAUACGGAGGGGAGGAGAGAAAAGCAGAAGGAGAACAGGAGCAAAGACCUGCUGGGACAUACCAAGAGAAUGGCAAUGAACUGUGUGUUGCUGUGUGUGUACGCUAUUGUCCCGGUGUGUGUGUGUGUGUACGCUAUUGUCCCGGUGUGUUGCUGGGUGUGUGUGUGCUAUUGUCCUGGUGUGUGUGUGUACGCUUUUGUCCCUGUGUAUGCGUGCGUGUGUGUACGCUACUGUGUGUGUGUGUGUGUGUGUGUGUGUGUGUGUGUGUGUGUGUGUGUGUGUGUGUGUGUGUGUGUGUGUGUGUGUGUGUGUGUGUGUGUGUGUGUGUGUGUGUGUGUGUGCGUGCGCGCGUGUGUGUACGCACGCUAUUGUCCCGGUGUGUUGCUGUGUGUGUACGCUAUUGUCCCGGUGUGUUGCUGGGUGUGUGUGUGCUAUUGUCCCUGUGUGUUGCUGGGUGUGUACACUAUUGUCCCUGUGUGUGUGUGUACGCUAUUGUCCCGGUGUGUUGCUGUGUGUGUACGCUAUUGUCCCGGUGUGUUGCUGGGUGUGUGUGUGCUAUUGUCCCUGUGUGUUGCUGGGAGUGUACACUAUUGUCCCUGUGUGUGUGUGUACGCUAUUGUCCCGGUGUGUUGCUGGGGGGGUGUGUGCUAUUGUCCCGGUGUGUGUGUGUGUACGCUAUUCUCCCAAUGUGUGCGUGCGUGUGUAUACGCUAUUGUGUGUGUGUGUGUGUGUGUGUGUGUGUGUGUGUGUGUGUGUGUGUGUGUGUGUGUGUGUGUGUGUGUGUGUGUGUGUGUGUGUGUGUGUGUGUGUGUGUGUGUGCGUGCGUGUAUGUACGCUAUUGUCCCUGUGUGUGUGUAUGCUAUUGUCCCUGUGUGUUUGUGUGUGUGCGUGUGUGUACGCUAUUGUCCCUGUGUGUGUGCGUGUACACUAUUGUCCCUGUGUGUUUGUGUGUGUACGAUAUUGUCCCUGUGUGUGUGCGUAUGCUAUUGUCCAUGUGUGUGUGUGUGUGCGUACGCAAUUGUCGCUGUGUGUUGCUGUGUGUCCAGAGAUGGGGCCAUAGCGGUGGAAGCAGGUUGCAUUCCUUCAACAGAGAAUGAAAAAGGAGAGGAAGAAAGCUGCUUUGAAUUUUGAAGAGACUUUUACCCUUUGUUCUUGUCCUCCCUUCAUCACUGAAGUGCAUAAAGUGCCAACGUCAAUAUUUACUUGAGUCACCUGAGCACCCAGGAGGACCCAUUUGAAAGCAGGCAUCGCCCCCUGAUACAGAUCUCACUGGCACGGAACUCUUGUGACCAUGGACAAACUUCCCCGAUUGGCUCCUGUACAGCUGCUGGUAACCAUGGAGACCGGGGAACGCUUGUACUCGUAACUAUAGGAACAGGGGAUGGUGUGUAUGAAGGACACACCGUCAAACCGACAGAGACAUAGAUGGAGGAGGGAUCUACUGACUGACUAGCGGUCUUUAUGGGCCACAGUAUGUGUAUAAAGCCCAAGUCUUUCUCUGUAUCUCCUGUAUAAAACAGUACUACUCUACAAUACAUGUCUGUCUGUCCUCUUCUCUGUGGGGAGGGGGGGUCUGACAGCUUUCAAUCACCUGGCAGUGUGCAUACCUCUGUGUGUGUGUGUGUGUGUGUGUGUGUGUGUGUGUGUGUGUGUGUGUGUGUGUGUGUGUGUGUGUGUGUGUGUGUGUGUGUGUGUGUGUCUGCAUCUGUGAACCACUGAGGGCCUAAUGCUGUGUGAUUGUAUCAGGGCAGUCCUAAUUUGUGUGUAUGCCAUAGUCUUGCAGCCAUCCAGAUGUAGAUUUUACACACACACACGCACAUAUAUGCAGAUUUACACACACACAUGCAGAUUUACAGACAGACACAGGAAUGGCUGUAUAGUGACGUCAGUGCAGAGAGAGGUGUUAGGUUGUUGACUCCACAAACCAUCAGUAAGUUCACUUCAGGCUGGUUUGAACUUUCCUAUAAAUGAUUUCUGAUUGUGACCCAGAAUGCAGCUUCAUGUUUCACAGUUUUAGGAGAAGCAGUUGUGCUGGAGUCAUGACAUGUUUAACUUAAUGACAUGAACGCACAGCCGGGAGAUGUUUUAGAAAAGAGAGAGGGGGAAGAGGUGAAACCAUUUGUUGACUCAAUUGUAAUUUCAGGGUUUGUUUUUUCAUGCAGUACAAUGUUCCCUGUCUGUUAUAACCAUGCAUUUCCUCAGCUGUGACCUGCAUGUGGGGCUGGGAGGGUGCUAUUCUUAGUAGCCUGUAAAACAACAUCACUUCCCCCUGACUUGUAGAGAUACCUGUCACCUUUCAUGGUGUCUUUUAAUUGUUUUUAAACCAAAUGAAUGGGUUUGGUUUUUGUUGAAACGACUUUGUAGCACCUUUUUAAGCCAAUGUGUUACUUACUUGAUGUUCAAUGUGCCAAAUGCCUGUUGCUGUUUGGCUGACUGUUCUAGACCAAUGAGAAUUCUCCUCUCUCAACCUUGACCCCUCACAGCACCAGCCUUUGGCCACACACUCAACCCCUGAAUCUGAGGAAUGUGUGUCUUUUAAAGGGUACAAAACUAACAACUGGUGCUGUGGAGCAGAGUGUGAGGAGAGGUGUGUUUCUAUGUUUGUUCUAGCAUGGAGUGAAUCUGGCUUUUGGCACCUUUACCUGUCACACACAGGGCUUGGUUGUAAUGGGUUCAAUUGGUGUGUGUGCGUGCUGCAUUCAAUCGCUUGUCAGUAUGUUUAUUUAGUGGAGAUGUUUUUGUCACACACACACACACGCGCUAGAUAAUGAAAAAGGAUGGCAUAUAGUAAGGAUAAAAACUAACAAAUUCAAGUAUAUAUAUGAAUAUAUGUGUAUAGAAAUGACAAAUGCUCUAGGAUUAUUUAAAAAGAUUUAACGAUGUAGAUUUCUGUUCAGAUGACGAUGGGCUGGGAAAGGGUUGGCAUUUGGAUGUAUAGUAAUCUGUUUGUGGUGAAGACAUUGGCUCGGAUCUUGCACAUAGACUUUAGCUAUUGAACCUGCGAGUUACCAGAUGAUUAUUUUUGUUUGAAUACCAGACUCAUGCUCUUUCAUAUUUAUUGUGUUUUGGGGAAAUGGCGCCUCCUGUCUACGAGCUCGCACCAGACGUCUUGCUGUAGAGAACUGGUCCACACACAUCACUCUUUUACAUGUACCACAAAUACUACUGGCUUUGGGUUACUCUUACGAUUGAGGUUAUGACGACAAUGAUAUUAUUCAAUAAUUGUUAUAAAAAUGAUUUUGUUUUAAUGAAUUUUGUUUUGUUUCCAAGACAGGUAGAGCAUAUGUGUUGGACUGCUUAUAUAAAACAGUUCAGAAAUAAAUAAAAACAUUUUUUUUCGUGUU